UCUGAGUAGAAAUCGUCUUUUGGAAAAAAAAGAGACCAUAUUCUAUUUCACUGGUGUUCAGAUUUAUAACAUACAUGGUUUUUUCUCAGCUUGCGUUGGGAUUAGGCGGAACAUAGACUCAAAAUGAACUGGUAAAUUGUGAAUGAAUUCCCUCUGGGACUGACGUCUACAGAAAGAACACGCAGUUUUAAUUUAUUCCCUCCUAGCUUUUCAGUCUAUGCGUCUCUGCAGCCCCCAGCAAUAUCCGUUCGAAUUUAUCCGUUUGUGGUCCAGCAAAGUAUUCAAGCAUUGGUCGCAUGAACCAACGACGCGUUUAAAGCUUCUGUGACAAUUUUACUGUCUGAAAGCCACUUUGAAAGCAAAAGUUGGACAAAAACUGAUUCACAAGUUUGUUAUUAUUUAUUGAAAAAACUCAUUACAUUGUAUGCUAACACAGCAAUGCAUUCAAUAUAACACAGCAGAUUGCAUCUAUUUUAACAGGCACCUUGAAAAAUUUUGCCUUGUUUCUGCAAUAUUUCUUUUCAGUAGUACAAUUUUACAUUCUUUUCUCUACAGAAUCACAGUCCGCUAACAUAAAAAAAAAACAAUAAUGGGAAAAAUUCCCUUUUGUAGCUAUUUGAAAUUUCUCAAUUUCCCGUCAUGUGCUUUCGUUGCAAUUAGUCUUUCUUUCAUUGUUUAUUUCUUUGGUAGUCCGUGCGGUUACUUUACUUAGCCUUCUUCUUAUGCAUUCUAUUACAGUCGGACAAGUCAGCCUGUAAUUAUCAAUUAAGUGCAGGAGAAGGUUUAGAGUAGUUUCCUGAGCUUCUACAGUAAGAUAGCAAAGUUUUGACCUUCUUUUGCAAUUGGAUGCCCCAAUUUCGCGUUUAGCCGCUACACGCUACUGUCAUUAAUUCGUGGCUCAUAAAGGUCCCCCCCAUCCAUUUUUGAGCUCUUAUUAUAGUUACAUUGGGAGGCGAAUCCUCUCAGUCUUAUUCGAUUUGAAUACAAGCCCUUUGUCCUAUAUUAUUAUAAACAUUGUGUAUACUUCAAUAUAACAAGAGAGUGCAUUAUUUUGAUUGAGACUUCAAUCACUACUUGAACAAAUUGGAUCCUUCCGUUUCAUUUACCAUUUUAAUCUCUUCUAUAUAUUUUCAGAUAUUUACUCCAUUAUUUAUUUGUUUGGUUCCUAAUACAAUAUUUACAAGUGGCUAAUAAUUUCGAAAAUGACAACUUGGUCCAGUCCAGCGAUGUUUGUUUUAUUGGCAUUAUUUCCCAUCCUUUCGAUCGGAUCUGAACAAAUCUACACAUCAGAGCAAAGAACUUACGAAGACAAAGUGUGCUAUCACGACUACGAAUGUCGCAACUUCACCGCCGAGGCAGAGUUGGAAAAACUGAGGAACAUCUACGUGAACAUGACUAGCGAUGUGAACUCGACACUAAUCGCUGAGCUGAAGAUCUACGAAUGUUGUGAUGCAAAUGCGACUUACGCAACUGGCGACUACUCUUCAGGCUAUGACGACGAAGAUUAUGAGGAUGACGUGAUGACCCCUGGCCGAUGUUGUGUGAAGGAACCGAUGCCAGUGUGGUUGGCCAUUUUGAUCCUGGUCAUUCUGGCACUCAUUCUGGCAGGCUGCUGCUUCCUCUGCUGUUUCAUUCGACCCAAACUGGAGGGACUCUGCAACCAGUAUCAGCGACCUCACAUCUCACACGACACCAUACAGACUGUGGCUGCCCUGAAGAUACUCACCAGUGACAUUGGAGGAGGAGGAGGGGGACAGAACAACAACCCCUUUGGAGGUCAACCGAAUUGGGGUCCGGGCCAAACAAUCCCACCUCCCCCUCCCCCGAUGACUCAAUCAGUCCAUCCUAAUCAGCCCCCACCCCCACCUGGAUAUGCUCCCAACCACUACAACCCAAACAUGGCAGCCCAUCCCCCUCUUCAACAAGGGUACCAAUACACACCAGGGUACACACCCACCAACCAAUCAGCAGCACCUGGACAGUAUCCAGGGGCCUACAAUAACUACCCCCCGAAUCCAAAUCCUUACCCGCCAUCAGGGGGUCAGUCUUAUAACCAACCUCAUCAAAAUUCGCAGCAGCAAUCGCUUCCGUACCCAGUUUCAGAUUCUGGGGGUUAUCAGCAGUACCCUAGCAUGCCAGAAGCGCCACCGUAUCCGGAAAGCAAAACAACCUCUCUGGCUUAGAUGAGAACUGCAAAAAAACUCUGCAAGAAAUUAAUGUUCUGCAUGUGAAUGUCAAUUAGACUUUUUAUAAUGCAUUUUUCAUAAAUUACCUUUAAUUCACAAUUGAUAAAA